GCACUUGGCUGCGCGCUGAGCUAGGGGUGCACCGACGCGCCGCGGGCGGCUGGAGCUCGGCUUUGCUCUCGCUGCAGCAGCCGCGCAGCCCGCCCCACUCUGCUCAGAUUCCGAUACCAGCCCCCUCUGCAUCACCCUCCCGGACUCCAGACUCGGCUCUCGCUCCGGUCCCGCGGACCAUGCUCCGGGCGCCCCCCGGAAAACCGGGCUGGGUGAAGAGCCGGCAAAGAUUAGGCUCAAGAGCAGGGGCCCCGCCCGGCCACCCAGCACUCGGCCCCUGCCCUGCCCAGUGUCCCCGAGCCCUGUGAGCCUGCUGGGCCAUGGAGCGCGCGCCGCCCGACGGGCUGAUGAACGCGUCGGGCGCUCUGGCCGGAGAGGCGGCGGCUGCAGGCGGGGCGCGCGGCUUCUCGGCUGCCUGGACCGCUGUCCUGGCUGCGCUCAUGGCGCUGCUCAUCGUGGCCACAGUGCUGGGCAACGCGCUGGUCAUGCUCGCCUUCGUGGCGGAUUCGAGCCUCCGCACCCAGAACAACUUCUUUCUGCUCAACCUCGCCAUCUCCGACUUCCUCGUGGGUAAAGCCCCCAGACCCUGUCCGCUGCCAGAGUCCAGGGGCGCGGAGCCCGGGCUGGGCAAUGGGGCUUGGCGCUUCGACCUGGGGUGGCUUCUCAGGGGUUCGGCCUUGGGAGAGGAGCUCUAGAAACCUUAGGAUGGUGGGCGCGGGAGAAGUUCCUCGCCUCCCGGGCCGCAAGACGGGGGCUAGGUAGGGAUGUCCCCGGGGAGGCUGCCCCAGCCGGCGGGCGCUCAGCAAGGCGCAAGGCGCAGCGACCGCCGGUGCAGCGUUGGCUCCUGCGCCGAACCAAACAAAGGCAGCGGCGCCGGACUCAGGAUGCUGGGAGGACGCUGGGGGGGAGGGGACAUGGAAGGGGGAUUUGGGGAGGUGUGCUGGGGAAGGGGACCGUAGGGAAGGCGGGGGGUGAGAUGAGGGAAAUGCUCCGAGGAGCUCGUUCUCACGUGUCCAAGCUCUGCUCCCAACUGGGGGAGGGGGGGCGGGGCUCGCGGUGGGGGCCGGAGCGCCAGACACCUGUUGGGGCUGCGAGCUGCUGCGUCUCCCAGACGCUGGAAGCCGGUUUGGGCGGUGAGAGCGGCUGGCGCGGCUGCAGCCAAGAACCCUUUAAGCCAAGAGAAAAGCUUUCUCGGUUUUUAAGCUGAGAAGGGAGGCUGUCCAACAGCCAGGGUAGAGAUGGAUGAUCGGCUCCAGAGCCAAUCAAGCCAGGGAGGACAUAUAUCCCAUUUUCCUCUUUUGGCGGUUGGUGGGGCUGGCAGAAGCCCAGGUUUUGUGUUCAGAGGUCCCUAUGUGGAGGUCCUUCCUCCUGCCACCAGGUCCAGAAGACAUUGAUGGGCUGGAGGAUGGCAGCUGCUCAGUUGUAGGGGGACAGGGUGACUAGGAGGAUAAAUAAGAUAUAGUACUAGCCCUAGAAAGGUGGCUACCCUAUGAAGGCCAGGCUCUGCCCUUUCUCUAUGUGGUCAGUCUGACCCCAGCUCUUGAGCCAUGGUCCCACCACAGCUGCUUUCCUAUAGGUGCCUUCUGCAUCCCAUUGUAUGUACCCUAUGUGCUGACCGGCCGUUGGACCUUUGGCCGGGGCCUCUGCAAGCUGUGGCUGGUGGUAGACUACCUACUGUGUGCCUCCUCAGUCUUCAACAUCGUGCUGAUCAGCUAUGACCGAUUCCUGUCAGUCACUCGAGCUCACAGCAAACCGUUGAAGACAGCUCUCUGGCCCUUGCAAGAAGCCUCACAUCAGAAACAGUUGUGUGUGGCCUCUGGGUGUGGCCAGUGCUAAUGACACAAGCAAAGUCAGGGGGACCCCAUGGAGCUGGUGGAGGAUGAUGAAGAGACAGGAUUCUGGUUGGUUGUGGUCUCCUACCGGGCCCAGCAGGGGGACACAAGACGGGCUGUUCGGAAGAUGGCACUGGUGUGGGUGCUGGCCUUCCUGCUGUAUGGGCCUGCCAUCCUGAGUUGGGAGUACCUGUCCGGUGGCAGCUCCAUCCCCGAGGGCCACUGCUAUGCUGAGUUCUUCUACAACUGGUACUUUCUCAUCACGGCCUCCACCCUCGAGUUCUUCACACCCUUCCUCAGCGUUACCUUCUUCAACCUCAGCAUCUACCUGAACAUCCAGAGGCGCACUCGUCUUCGGCUGGAUGGGGGCCGAGAGGCUGGUCCAGAACCCCCACCUGAUGCCCAACCCUCGCCACCUCCAGCUCCCCCCAGCUGCUGGGGCUGCUGGCCAAAGGGGCACGGGGAGGCCAUGCCAUUGCACAGGUAUGGGGUGGGUGAGGCAGGCCCUGGUGUUGAGACUGGGGAGGCUGGCCUCGGGGGUGGCAGCGGUGGAGGCGCUGCUGCCUCGCCUACCUCCAGCUCCGGCAGCUCCUCAAGGGGCACUGAGAGGCCACGCUCACUCAAAAGGGGCUCCAAGCCAUCAGCGUCUUCAGCGUCCUUGGAGAAGCGCAUGAAGAUGGUAUCCCAAAGCAUCACCCAGCGCUUUCGGCUGUCGCGGGACAAGAAGGUAGCCAAGUCGCUGGCUAUCAUCGUGAGCAUCUUUGGGCUCUGCUGGGCCCCGUACACACUCCUCAUGAUCAUCCGGGCUGCUUGCCAUGGCCACUGCGUCCCCGACUACUGGUACGAGACGUCCUUCUGGCUUCUGUGGGCCAACUCGGCCGUCAACCCCGUCCUCUACCCACUGUGCCACUACAGCUUCCGUAGAGCCUUCACCAAGCUCCUCUGCCCCCAGAAGCUCAAGGUCCAGCCCCAUGGCUCCCUGGAGCAGUGCUGGAAGUGAGCAGCUGCCCCACCCUUCUACGGCCAGGCCCUUGUACCUGUUCUGAGGGGGAGCCCGAGCGUGGGCCCUGCCUUUGUCCGGGGUCUGCUCCAAAUGCCAUGGCAGCCUCUUAGAGCAUCAACCCGGCAGUGGGGCAGCAUGGUAGGAGGGCCAAGAGCCCUCGUUGGUGGAACUGGAGUGUGCUGGCUGGCUUUGCCGCCACAUUCUCCUUCACCCCAGAAGAGACAAUCCGGGAGUCCCAGGCAUGCCUUCCACCUCCACACACUCAGUGCAGUGCCAGUGAUGUCCUCCUUUGCAUACUUAGUGGUUGGUGUCCUCCCUAAUGCAAACCUUGGUGUGUGCUCCCAGCUCCUGCCCUGGCAAUGCGCCCUGCAUGUGCACACACCUGCCACUUCCACCACACACUUGCAAUACCUUCUCUCUCCCAAGACGAUCUGGGGCGAUGCCCUUUGCUGCCGCUGUCUCUUCCUUAAUCCCGGAGCCCAGCUCCUAACCCCCUCUCCCUUCAACUCUUUGCCCCAUGAAGUGUCAAGCGCCCCAGGAACCUUGAAGCUUCUCUGCUCUUCCAUUCUGGAUGUUUUCAGGAAGAUGGAGGAGAAGAAAACAUCAAGUCUGUGAACUUGAUGUUCCUUGGAUGUUUAAUCAAGAGAGACAAAAUUGCCGAGGAGCUCGGGGCUGGAUUGGCAGGUGUGGGCUCCCACGCCCUCCUCCCUCGGCGCUGCAGCUUCCGGCUGAGCCGCGCCAGCUGCUUCUGCCUGCCCCACCCCCAGGCUCGGGACGAUAGCCCUGCCCUGCUUGCCCCAUCUGCGCAGUCAGAAUUUGGGGGUGGGUUGGUUGUGGGGUAGAGCGGCUCUUCGGCUCAUGGGACAGUCAGCAGGAGGGAGAGCAGGUUCUCGACACCUGGGAGGAAUGCUUUGCCUCGUCCUGUGUACUUACCUCAGGCCUCUGCAUGCUCUGCAAUCCUUGUGCCCUGGUGUGCUGCCUCUGCCAAUGUGAAGACACAAUAAAGUGUAUUUUUUUAUGGGUGCUGA